GGGAAGUAUCCGCUGAGAGACCGCGGGUCGCGGGGCGAGGGAUAGAAACAAACAAAAAAAGCAAUUCGUCUCCGGUGACCGGUGUAAAGGGGGAGGGGCGGGGCGUCGUGACCUCUGACCCCCGCACGUGGUGCGAGGCGGCGCUGCCGGCGCUGCACGCGGAGCGGCGGCCGGAAGGAGCCAUGGAGCAGCUGCCCCUUCCCAGUGCUGCAGCAGCAGAGGAGCAAGACUGGGAAAGCGAUGACGUGACAGACAGCGAGGAGAGCGUUUAUUCUGGGCUGGAGGAUUCUGGCAGUGACAGCAGCACGGAGGAGGAGGAGGAAGAUGCCAAUGACCAGUGUGUUGAAAAGAAAGUGAAAGAUGCUUCGCACUCGGAAAAGAUGCGGGCCGGAGCAACUUCCCAGAAGAAGGAGCAAUUGCACCAUAAGAAGCGGAGUUCAAAACCUCUCUUGGUGUCGAGCGAGCCCCAGCAACUGCCCACGGAGAACGAGUACGCAGAGGACAGCUCGGAUGAGGAGGACAUCCGCAACACGGUGGGCAACAUCCCCAUGGAGUGGUACCAGGACUUCCCGCACGUGGGCUACGACCUGGAGGGUAAGAGGAUCUACAAGCCCAUCCGGAGCCUGGACGAGUUGGACAAGUUCCUGGACAAGAUGGAGAACCCCGAUUACUGGCGAACGGUCAGGGACAAGAUGACGGGGGCGGACGUGAAGCUGACGGACGAGCAGGUGGAGCUGGUGCAGCGGCUGCAGAGGGGGCAGUUCGGGGACGUCCGCUUCAACCCCUACGAGCCCGCAGUCGACUUCUUCAGCCACGAGGUCAUGAUCCACCCCGUGACGAACCGCCCGGCCGACAAGCGCAGCUUCAUCCCCUCCCUCAUCGAGAAGGAGAAGGUCUCCAAGAUGGUCCAUGCCAUCAAGAUGGGCUGGAUCCAGCCCCGCAAGCCCAAGGAGGACGUGCCUAGUUUCUACGACCUCUGGGCCCAGGAAGACCCCAACUCCGUGCUGGGGCGGCACAAAAUGCACGUGCCGGCCCCGAAGCUGCGGCUGCCGGGACACGAGGAGUCGUACAACCCCCCGCCCGAGUACUUGCUCAGCGAGGAGGAGAGGCUGGCGUGGGAGCAGCAGGAGCCGGCGGAGCGGAAGCUGAACUUCGUGCCGCAGCGGUUCGGGUGCCUGCGCGCCGUGCCCGCCUACACCCGCUUCAUCCACGAACGCUUCGAGCGCUGCCUCGACCUCUACCUGUGCCCGCGGCAGAGGAAGAUGCGGGUGAACGUGGACCCGGAGGACCUGAUCCCCAAACUGCCGAAGCCACGGGACCUGCAGCCAUUCCCCACCACCCAGGCCCUGGUCUACCGGGGGCACGGCAGCCUCGUGCGCUGCCUCAGCGUCUCCCCCAGCGGGCAGUGGCUGGUGUCAGGCUCCGACGACGGCACGGUGCGGUUCUGGGAGGUUUGCACGGCCCGGUGCAUGAAGACGCUGCCGGUGGGCGGCGCGGUGAAGAGCGUGGCCUGGAACCCCAACCCCGCCGUGUGCCUCGUGGCCGUCUGCGCGGAGCAGGCCGUGCUGCUGGUGAACCCCUGCCUGGGGGACAAGCUGCUGUACGGGGCCACGGACCAGCUGCUCGACGCCUACGUGCCCCCGGAGGAGGAGCGGCUGCAGCCCGUCCAGUGGGUCGCGGCCACGGCUGAGGAGCACGCGCGGGGCGUCCGGCUCGUCGUCCAGCACGGAAAGGCGGUGAAGCAGGUGACCUGGCACGGGAAAGGCGACUACUUCGCCAGCGUCCUGCCUGACAACGGGCACAUGCAGGUGCUGAUCCACCAGGCCAGCAAGCGCUGGAGCCAGAGCCCCUUCCGCAAGAGCAAGGGGCAGGUGCAGUGCGUGCUCUUCCACCCCACGCGCCCCUUCUUCCUCGUGGCCACGCAGCGCUUCGUGCGCGUCUACAACCUCCUCAAGCAGGAGCUGACCAAGAAGCUCACGGCCAACUGCAAGUGGGUGUCCAGCCUGGCCAUCCACCCCAGGGGUGACAACGUGAUCUGCGGCAGCUACGACAGCAAGCUGACCUGGUUCGACAUGGACCUCUCCACCAAGCCCUACAAGGUGUUGAGGCACCACAGGAAGGCGCUGAGGGCCGUGGCCUUCCACAAGCACUACCCGCUCUUCGCCUCGGGCUCGGACGACGGGACCGUCAUCGUCUGCCACGGCAUGGUCUACAACGACCUGCUCCAGAACCCGCUGCUGGUGCCCGUGAAGGUGCUGAAGGGCCACGCGCUGACCCAGGACCUGGGCGUGCUGGACGUUGCCUUCCACCCCACGCAGCCCUGGCUCUUCUCUGCGGGCGCCGACGCCACGGUCCGCCUCUACACGUAGCGCUGGGGGCACGCACGGACUGUGGGUGGUGGGGGCACAGCCCGGAGCGGGCUCUGCCGGGGGCUUCCCCAUUAAACACGGUUGGAGACAG